CUGCCCCUUUCUCAAGCCUGCGGAAAGGGGGCGGGUCCGAGACGCCGGCAGAAGCCGAGGGCGUGUCUGGAGGCCCUGGUGCCGGAACGUUUCUGGCGACCGGAAGCCUGGGCCGGAGCUGCUGCAGGGACCUGGGCCUGAGACCCCGGCCAGGCUCAGACCCCAGAUGGCGCAGUGGGAGAUGCUCCAGAACCUUGACAGCCCAUUUCAGGACCAGCUGCAUGAGCUCUACUCAAACAGCCUCCUGCCGAUGGACGUUCGACAGCACUUGGCUGUCUGGAUUGAAGAUCAGAACUGGCAGGAAGCCGCACUGGGAAACGAUGCUGCCAUGGCUAAUAUGCUAUUCUUCCACUUCUUGGACCAACUCAACUCUGAGUGUGGCCGAUGCAGCCAAGACCCUGAGUAUUUUUUGCUACAGCACAACUUGCGAAAAUUCUAUCGGGACAUUCAGGCCCUUCCCACUGGCUCUACCCAGUUGGCUGAGAUGAUCUUUAACCUCCUUCUGGAAGAAAAAAGAAUUCUGACCUGGGCUCAGAGGGCUCAGCUGGAGCAACGAGAGCCAGCCCCUGAAGCACCUGGGGAGAGCCAGCAGCAUGAACUUGAUUCCCGGAUCCUGAAAUUACAAGCUAUGAAGGAGAAGCUGGUGAAAUCCAUCAGCCAACUGAAAGACCAGCAGGAUGUCUUCUGUUUCCGAUAUAAUAUCGAGAAAUCAGUGAAGACACCUUCUUUGGACCCCCGUCAGACCAGACGGAUGGACAUUCUUCAGGAAACACUCAAUGAACUGGACAGACAGAGAAAGGAGGUGCUGGAUGUCUCCAAAGCACUGCUAGGCCAGUUAACUACCUUAAUUGAGCUAUUGCUGCCCAAGUUGGAGGAGUGGAAAGUCCAGCAGCAGAAAGCCUGCAUUGGAGCGCCCCCUGUCGGAGGGUUGGAACAGCUGGAAAAGUGGUUCACAGAUGGAGCGAAGCUGUUGUUCCACCUGCGGCAGCUGCUGAAGGAGCUGAGGGAGUUGAGUCACAUGGUCUCCUACGAGGGGGACCCUCUGAGCAAAGGCGUGGACCUGCGGGAGGCCCAGGUCACAGAGCUGCUGCAGCGCCUGCUCCACAGAGCCUUUGUAGUAGAAAAUCAGCCCUGCAUGCCCCAAACUCUUCAUCGACCCCUCAUCCUCAAGACAGGGAGCAAGUUCACCGUCCGAACAAGGCUGCUAGUGAGACUCCAGGAAGGCAAUGAAUCACUGACUGCGGAAGUCUCCGUUGACAGGAAUCCUCCCAAAUCACAAGGCUUCCGGAAGUUCAACCUUCUGACCUCAAACCAGAAAACUUUGACCCCCGAGAAAGGCCAGACUCAGGGCUUAAUUUGGGACUUCGGCUACCUGACUCUGGUGGAGCAGCGUUCAGGGGGUUCAGGAAAAGGCAACAAUAAGGGGCCGCUGUCCGUUACAGAGGAAUUGCACAUCAUUAGCUUCACAGUCAGAUACACCUACCAGGGUCUGAAGCAGGAGCUGACAACGGACACCCUCCCUGUGGUGAUUAUUUCUAACAUGAACCAGCUCUCAAUUGCCUGGGCCUCGGUUCUCUGGUUCAAUCUGCUCAGCUCAAACCCCGAGGACCAGCAGUUCUUCUCCAACCCCCCGAAGGCCCCGUGGAGCUUGCUGGGCCCUGCUCUCAGUUGGCAGUUCUCCUCCUAUGUUAAGCGAGGCCUGGACUCAGACCAGCUGGGCAUGCUGAGGGACAAGCUGUUUGGGCAGAACUCCAGGACUGAGGAUGCGUCGUUGCCCUGGGUCGACUUCAUUAAGCGAGAGAGUCCCCCUGGCAAGCUACCGUUCUGGACGUGGCUCGACAAGAUUCUGGACCUGAUACAUGACCACCUGAAGGAUCUCUGGAAGGAUGGACGCAUCAUGGGCUUCGUGAGCCGGAACCAGGUGCGCCGGCUGCUGAAGAAGACUGUCUCCGGCACCUUCCUGCUGCGCUUCAGCGAGACGUUGGAGGGGGGCAUUACCUGCUCCUGGGUGGAACACCAAGAUGACGACGAGGUGCUCAUCAACUCGGUGCAGCCCUUCACCAAGGAGGUGCUGCAGUCACUGCCGCUGACCAAGAUCAUCAGCCAGUACCAGAUGCUGACGGAGGAGAACAUACCUGAGAACCCACUGCGCUUCCUCUACCCGCGGAUCCCCCGGGAUGAGGCUUUUGGGUGCUACUCCCAGGAGAAAAUUAAUCCCGAGGAACGGAAGAAAUACCUGAAACACAAGCUCAUUUUUGUCUCUAACAGACAGGUGGAUGAACUGCAGCAACUGCCGGAGCUCAGGUUGGAGCCAGACCUGGAGUCAUUCGAGCUGGACCUGGGGCUUGCCUCAGAGCCUGAGCACGCGCCAGGCCUGGACUUAGAGCCGCUGCUGGAGGCAGGAUUGGAUCUGAGCAUGGAGCCCGUGCUGGGGCCCACGCUGGAGCCCAUUCUAGACCAGAUGUCACAGGGAGUCCUAGAACCACACCUGGGGCCAGAACUGCAGCUGGAGCCUGUCCCAGAGCUCGAUCUGCAGACCAUGCCGGAACCGGAUUUGCCUUAUGAUCUGAGACACUUGAACACCGAGGACAUGGAAAUCUUUAGGAACAGCAUGAGGAUUGAAGAAAUCAUGCCCAACGGGGAUCCACUGUUGCCUUGCCAGAACACCACGGAUGAAGCUGACGUCUUCAGCCCCAGCCACUUCUAUGCAGACGGGCCCCUGAGCCCUUCUGACUACUAGGAGCUGCACUUCCUCAGACCUUUCUGUGCGUUUGCCCCUCCUCCUCCUCACAUCAGGAUGUUGCUCUCCAAGGAUGGGACAUGAGGCAUGUGCCCCUUCUAAACUGGGUUAACCCUGGGGGAAUGUGAGGGAGAAGCAUAAUAUGGGCAAGGCAGAGGCAGCAAUGCAUCAGAAGAGAUGUUACCCAUGGCUCCGACUAGGAGCCUGCAGGCUGCCUUUGUGCCGGGAGGUACAGGCCUUCAAGGGCAGGCCAGGACAGUUAGGAGGCACCUGUAAGGCUCAGGGCAGUGGCUUCUUUCCAGUAUAGAAGGCUUUCAACAUCUUAGUGACUGAUAAGACUAACUCAUCUUUCUGGAAUGCCCUUUCUGCUUAAAGCAGCUCUGACUUCCGAUCCCGCAGUGCCUGGGGACUCCUGUCAUUGACCAAAUACACUUUUGGCCAAGAAAGCAGGGAAGGAAGCCCUGGGCCAAGGAGCAAGAGAGGGCCAAGCUUAGGAGCCAUACUUCCCAAUUGCAGUCCCUUGUAACCUCAUUCAGCUUGCUCAGCCUUAGCAGGGAUUAUGGCCAAAAAGAUCCCAGUUACUCUAUAUACCAUGGGGUCAUGAGGUAAGACCCCUUUCCACCGUAGCCCUGCAGAGCAGAAGGAUGCAUUUUUUAGUGCUUUGGCCCUAUUUUUCCAUUCUGUUUCUUUUUACUGACAAGCCUAGACUUAGAGAUCCACAUAAAUAAGUCUUUAUUGAAAAAAGUACAUAAUUCAGUAUAAAUAUAAUAAAUAAUCCUCAUCCCCAAGCUCCUGCCACUAUAAAUAAUCCCAAAAUUCCCUUCCCAUGUAAUAAAUAUUCAGCCUCUCCUAGGUCAACAUCAUAAGUCAGUCAGUUUUGGUAAUUUUUCAACAGAAUAAGUCUCAUUAAAAUUAACGGACUGAUGAAC